AUGGCGAAUCCUCCCGACGACAAAUACGCCAUUCACGCCGCCGCCCGCGAAGGCCGCCUCGCCGCCGUCGAGGCCCUCCUCGCCAACAACCCCUCCCUCGCCACGCUCCGCGACCCCGACUCCCGCCUCGCCCUGCACUGGGCCGCCGCAUACGCACACGCCGACAUCGUACGCCUGCUCUCCUCCUCGAAGAACUUCGACCCCGACGCCACCGACGCCUCCGACUGGACGGCCCUCAUGAUGGCGUCCUCGCUAAAAGACGAUGCGGGCCUGGAGAUCGUGCAGUUUCUGCUCCAGAAGGAGGCGGAGCCCAAGGCCGUCUCCAGCUCGGGGGCCACGGCGCUGCAUUUCGCCAGCAGCAAGGGGAGUCUGGAGGUGUGUCGCGUGCUCUUGAAAGCGGGGGCGGGCGCGCGGGUGAGGGACCGCCGUGCACAGGUGCCGCUGCAUCGCGCGGCGGCGGUGGGGAGCGUCCCGAUUGUGAGGUUGCUGCUUGAGCACAAAAGCCCUGUUAAUGGUGGUGAUGUGGAUGGCAUGACGCCCCUGCACCAAGCGAUCAGUGAAGGACAUGGGGAUGUGGCAGUCGAGUUGUUGAAGGCGGGUGCGGACACGGACAAGAGAGACUCGGAUGGCAGGACGGCGCUAGACUGUGCGCCGGACAAGAAGGUGCGAGAGUUUGUGGAGCAGGCGGCGGCACGGGAGGGAAUCGAGCUUGGAGAGUAA